GAUAAGGAUGGUAAAACUGUUACAGCUAUUGGAAAUUUUACACGUAUUGAUAAUGGUGAACCUGAACCAAUGUUAUGUUUAGUUAUGACAUGGAUUCGAAAAGUUCAAGGUAUUCUUAACCCGAAUAAAAACCAAUUCCGAAUAAAAUUACAUG